AUGAUUACGGUCUGGACGAGAACCUGUAUUGCAGUGAGGAACACCUUCGGUUUGGCACGACAGAUUUUCAAGCGGCAGAACUUGGCAGCUGGGUGUGCCGCGUAUGAUGACCACCGCCAUGUCUUUGAGGUGAGGUAUACCAUAUGCGGCGGGUACAGCAUCUCACGAGGGUGGUGCCAUGACGGCGCUCGUGUUGUACCUGCCAUUUCCAAGCACGAUGUUGUGGCGUAUAUCCAUUUGGGAGAUCCGACACAUAACCUGGGCAGUUGGGCCUGGAGUGACCCUAUGCGCGACAGCUCAGGCUCUGGCUGUAGAAAUGACGCGCAGGAACGGUCAAAGUGUCUGACGGAUCAAACGAGGGUGUCGGCUCAAACGUGUGGCGAAUCAAAUUACCCGCCGAUUCCAGAGGACAGCAGACGGGUACUACCAAUGGAUCCGAUUGAUCGUGCAAGGGUCGCAUUGCCAAUGGCGUACAAGCCACAGGCAGGCUGUACGGUCGCGCCAGCUCAGGAGGGUGGUGCCCUGUCUCAGCGGGAGGAUCUGAGUGAACAUGCGGGGAUGCUGAUUCAGACGCCUGCCACAUCGUCCCGGUGGAAUGCACCGAGUCCGGUAGAUGGACUAAUGACGGACAACAUAGCCCAUGCAGGCGUGCUAGCCCAAGAAGUCGACAAGCAGGGACAACUGGAGGAUCCGACCAGUUGUGAGAGGACAUCAACCGGGUCACGACUAUCGAUUGUGUUGCCACUGAGUGGAGAGACGACCGCAUGGGAGCUGACUCGAGAAAGGAGUGAGUGGGAACGGACGGAGAGCCCGCCUUAA